AUGCCGCACCAAGGAAACUUAUCUGCGUGGAUCGAAGUGAACGGAGCUCAGCUCACCGAAUAUGGGACGGAACACUCUGCAGACGGAACUACAACUACUUGCUGGAUACCUUCCGAAGGGGGCAAGGCUUUUGAAAUAUGUUAUAGAGAUUCUUUAAACAAUUUUACCACUGCGAUCUCGCUUUCUGUGGAUGGAAUACGUUGCAAAGGAAAAGUAGCCCGUGCUCAUCUCCGGCCUGCUGUCGUCAGGCAGCGUGGGGUGUCAAUAACCGAUGCUUCGUACAAGCCAUUCGUUUUCUCAGAUUGCAAGCUAAUAGAUGAUGACGACUUCGUCACCCUCACACCUGGCAUCGGCGAGAUCACCGUCCGGGUCGCCGAAGUCACCAUACAAUCAAAGCACGCUAAGCCUAGAAAGAUCCCAUACUUCCCGCCACUGAAUGUUCAUGAAAGAGCAAAGAAGGGUGUUGUUCAUGGUACUCAGUUAGGCGACACUGUGUUGCUGCGAUCUAGCAAAGCGCCUGUUCGAACGCACAAAGUCAGAGACUUGUCUACGUUCAUCUUCAAAUACCGACCGUUAGAUGUACUCCGGGCAGACGGUAUCGCCCCACCAGCCCUAGGUCAACAACCUCACCCUCGAGCUGUUCCUGUAUCUCUAGGCUUUAUUGAUCUCACUAUCGAAGAGGAUGGCUCCAAUGCCGACCAACGGAGGUCGUCGCCUCGUAUAAAGGAGAUAAAGAAGGAACGCUCAAUUACUCUCGACACCGACGUCAUUGAUUUGACGGUUUAA